AUGGAGCAAAUUGAACUGAUCCGUCGUCUCCGAGUCACCGGCAUCUCCUCCGAUCAACUGCUCAAGGCGUUCGGGGACCUGGAAGUCAGUCAGUCCUCGGACAAUAACAACAAGCUGCCAGCCGCCCUCUACAGUCCCCUUCUGGUCCAACACCUCACCUCUUCUCCUUCCAUAUCUCCUCAGCUGCUGGCCCCUCCAAGAAGGCCAGAGUCCCUGACAGUGCAGACUGUGCCUCCAGCAGUUUCAGUAAAAGAGGAACAGAGUUCUCCACUCCCCGCGGGCAUUCCCGCUUCUCCCUCCUCCGCAGUCUUCGAACACCCGAUCUGCUCCAGUGCUCCCCGACCGAUUCGCAGUCAGAGAACUCCGAUGAAAGAGAUCACGACCCUGGACGAUCCGAACGAGCUGGAAGAGUUCAUGCGACAGGGGGAAGAGGCGUGCAUUCUCGACAUGAAGACAUUCAUCACACAGUACUCGCUCAGACAGACUACUGUAGCCAUGAUGACAGGUGAGCCCGUGGCCCUCAUAUAUUAUAGGGGCACCGGACAGAAAGGGCGCGCUGUUCGCAAUCUGGCCGAAUUUCUAGGCCGCGAUGUAAUUUUCCAUUGAAAAUGUGGCCUAACUUUCAAACUCGGCCCCGAGGUCGCUCAAUUUGCACUGCAAACGGAGUUUCUCAACAGAGCGCCAUUUCUGUGCGGUGCCCCUAUAAUACUCGCCCAAUGACCCCACUUCAUUCCAGGUGUCAGUCAACCGUACAUCUCCAAACUUCUCAACGGAAACCACCGGGAGCUGUCCCUCCGUUGUCGCAAAAACAUCUACUGCUGGUACCUGAACUGCCGUCGCCAUCCGAAUAAACUCGCCGCGUUCCUCAACGAUCCGUCGACGCGUCUCGAGACGAACGGAGACGGAGAGCUCGUGCCGCAGCGUCGCGAGAGAUACGUGUUCCGUCCUAUUCUGAUCCGAAUGCUCGAAAGCUUCUUCGCCCAGACCCCGUUUCCUGAUCUGCCCCGCCGUACCGAGAUCGCAGCAGCCUGCAACCACAUGCUUCAGCUGGACAAGAAGGGAGUCGGUCUGAUGCCGAAGGAGGUGGUUUCCCCACAAGUCGUGUCAAAUUGGUUCGCCAACAAAAGAAAGGAACUAAGAAGACGUUCGGCCGAAGCGACCGCCGCCUCCUCCUCCUCCUCCGCUUCCUCCUCCUCGUCUGCGAACAACGACGUUUCGAGCAUUUCGAGUAUGAGUCCCCGUGAUGAAGAGGUAAUUCCAUUUCCAUUCUCUCUCACAUUCCGCAACAUUACGACGUUUCCCAGCCAUUUCCCAAGUUAUAUACCCCCUUGUAAACCCUUCUCCAUCAUAAUGUCCAUCGUUUCCAGACCUCUCGCAAUACGACCCCGGAGACCGUCUCCCCUGCUCCGGUCGACUCGCAACAGGCGACCGUCGCCCCUCCGAUGGUCCCGCUCGUCCUGCCGAUGCCCUCGCUCCUUCCCUCCACUCCGUCCCCGUUGGAAUUGAUCGCUCUGGCCCAACGACUCGGCAUCCAACUGCCGUCCCUUCUGGACACUCCCGCCCCGUUCCCUUCCCUCAAUACCUCUUUCCUUCCUUUCCCUUCGACCCUUCCCUUCUACAGUAAUCCCUCGUCGGCGCCCGUUCUUCAUACCGAAUAG